AUGGUUGAGCAGCUGCAGGUGGCGCUCGGCCUCAAGGAGGCAGUAAGCCGCUGGUGUUGCCCUCCGUCUUCACCCCAACUUGUAAGUAGUGAAGAAGGAAGAGAAGGAGGAAUUGUCUUCCUACAGCAGUUGUUGCUGCUUCAGCAGCUAGAUGGGUCACAGGCUCCCCCUAUACCCCCCCAGCUCCUAAGGGAGGAAGCAGCAGAGGCCCCUAAGAGUUGCACUUCACCCCAUACAGAUAGCGUUGCCCUCCUCAUCAAUCCCUACUCUUGCAGCAGCUUAAAUUCCCGCAUUAAUGGCGUCCACAGCGGUGCUUCUAUCCAGCAGGAAGGGGCCCCUGGGGUCUCCGAGUCCCCUAGGGCCCCCGAUGGGCCCCCAGCGGGUAGGCGUUCACUGCAGCAGAGCAGUAACAUGAGCUACUGCUACGCUGCUAGUGAGAGACACGCUGCUUUCUUUACCUCUCCAACAUUAUCGUGUAGAGGGCCCCUCUCCUUUGGGGGUCCCGAGCAGAGAGAAGAAGAAGGUAUGCAGGCAACAGCAGAAGGAGAACCCCCAGAGGGGCCCCAGUUUGUUGCACACAGCGAUAUGAAUGCAGCAGCAAUGUUUCCUGAUAAUGCAGGGCCUCUACUCGCCGAUGCAACGUCUGCUGCAGUUUCUGGGGCCGUGAGCGCAGAGGUGCAGAAGCAGCGGGGCCAGCAGCAGCAGCAGCGGGGCCAGCAGCAGCAGCAGCGGGGCCAGCAGCAGCAGCAGCGGCCGAGGCUGUCACAAGUGGUGCAGCAGCAAAAGGCUGCAGCAGCGGCCACGGCAGCAAAAGUUACCAAGGAAAAGGGCAUAAAGAGAAGGCCUGAGCAGCAAGGGGCCCCCCGAGGCACAUCUCUGGUGGCGGCAGCUGCAGUGUCUCCAGCAACGGGACCCCCGCUGCAGGUUAUUGGGGGCCCCGUCCCACGGGGUGAGGGGCCCCCACAGAAGCGGCAGGCAGUGGGGAAGCGCAGGGGGGAGACUGGCGCUGGAGUACGCAGCAGCAGCAACAACAGCAGAAGCAAGACUGGAGGGGGAGGGUUUCCUACUAAGACGGCUGCUGCUGCUGCUUCUAGAGUAUCCUCAGCAGGAGUAGCUGAGAACAGCAGCAGCAGCAACAGCAGCAGCUGCUGCAGAGUUACCCUCAGCAGCGCUAAGAGCUGCCCACAACUUCAGCUAAAGCAGCAGCAAGACACUAAAAGCUUGCAGGAGAGCCCAAGUGACAUCGAGGCAGCCGAAGACGCUGCUGCUGCUGCUGCUCUUGCUGCUGCGCGCUGCAGCAGCAGCAGCAGCAGCGGCGAUGGGGCCGAGGCAGCGGUGCGUGCGUUUGCUGCUGAGUGGCUGCGUGGCUGUCAGCAACGUUUGGAGGCAAUGCGCGCGAAGGCGCGAAAAGAAAGUAUAACACGCAGCAGCAGCAGCAGCAACACCGGGGAUGUUUCUGCUUCUGUUUCUUCUGCUGCUGCUUCUAAUACUCACGAGGAACUGCAGCAAGCAAAGAAGCAACUUAAACAAGAAUUAAGAUCCUAUAAUAUUUCCUUUGCUGCUCACUUUGGUCGUCAGCCCUUAAAACAAGAUAAGGAACCACUUAGGCCGGUGUACAUGCAUUACCAACGGAUUAAACAGCGACUAGAGCAACAUCUGGCAGCAGCAGAAGGAAACAGCCCCUUAGUUUCUGCUGCUGCUGCUGUUGGUGUUGGUGGUUCUGCGGACGAAGGACAAGGCAGCGCAACAGCAGCAACAACAUCGCUGCCAGCAGUUUCGAAUGUUGCAACAAGCAACUCACGGCGUAGCAGCACCGCCGACUGUAGCUCUUCCUCUGCAGUAGCAGCAGGAGCAGCCACGGCAGCACCUUCCCCUGCACCAACUAAGCGGCAGAAGGCACCCCAUAACCUGCGCGUACCUGAGGUCCUCAGCCCAAAGGCAACAGCACACCGUGGGAGGCCCUCCGGGGGGGGGCCCAGAUCCCCUGCUAAAGCAAGCAAGGAGAAGCAGCAGCAGAAGCCCGUUAGUGCUAGGCCCUCUGCCUAUGAUCGACAGCAGCAGCAACAGAAGAGGAGAGAGGAAAUGGCUCUACAGCUGCAUCAGCUGCAGCGGGAGAGAAGAUCAUUAGGAGAUAAACUAGCAGCUUAUCACCUUCAGUUUAAACAAGAACAUGGCAGGCCUUUAAGGUUAAAGGCAGAUAUCGCGCCUGUACAUCAGGAGUAUAAACUUUUCGUGGAGAUCACCAAACAAAUCGAAGCACUUGCAUUCGCGCUACAAAAACAAACUUUGUAA